GACGGGGUGGCUAUAACCCUUGUUCAUGGGGAACCUCAGGCUCAGGCUCAAGCAGCUCGAGUAGAGGGGGCCAUGAGAAGAGAGAAUGAGCUACAACGUCCAGGUGCAAACCUCUCACAGACACUCUCUUCCAGGGCUGAGUCUGGACCAGAGAAUCUGUGUGCAGGCAGGGACCCUCCCCAAACCCACCCUCUCGGCUGAGCCAGGCUCUGUGAUCCCCUAUGGGAGCCCUGUGACCCUCUGGUGUGAGGGGACCCUGGAGGCCCAGAAGUUUCAUCUCUACAAGGAGGGAAAACAGGUGGAUUGGAACACACAGACCCAAUGGAAGCCCACGGACAAGGCCAAGUUCCCCAUCACAGGCAUGACAGAGCGUGAUGCAGGGAGAUAUCACUGUCACUACCUCAGCCCCACUGGCUGGUCAGAGCGCAGUGACCCCCUGGAGCUGGUGGUGACAGGAUACUACCAUGAACCCAGCCUCUCAGCCCUGCCCAGCCCUGUCGUGACCUCAGGGGGAAAUGUGACCCUUGCGUGUAGCUCAUGGCAGGGAUUUCACAGGUUCAUUCUGACAAAGACAGGAGAUCACAGGCUCUCCUGGAUGCAGGACACACAGCCACAGCCCAGAGAAACAUCACGGGCCAAGUUCUCUGUGGGCCCUGUGACCCCCAGCCGCAGGUGGACAUUCAGAUGCUAUGGCUGCUACAGAGAGAGCCUGCAGGUAUGGUCACCACCCAGUGAUGCCCUGGAGCUCCUGGUCCCAGGUGAGUCUGGGAAGCCCUCCCUCCUAACCCAGCAGGGCCCCAUCGUGGCCUCUGGACAGAGCCUGACCCUCCAGUGUCGCUCUGAUGUCGGCUAUGACAGAUUCGCUCUGCACAAGGAGGGGGGAUGGGACCUCCUCCAGAGUCUUGUACAGCAGCCCCAGGCUGGGCUCUCUCAAGCCAACUUCCUUCUAGACACUGAAAGCAGCUCUCACGGGGGCCGGUACAGAUGCUAUGGUCGAUACAAACUCUCCUCUGCGUGGUCGGCCCCCAGUGACCCCCUGGACAUCCUGGUGGCAGGACACCUGCCUGACAGACCCUCCCUCUCGGUGCAGCCAGGCCCCAGGGUGGCCUCAAGAGAGAACGUGACCCUGCUGUGUCAGUCACAGAGCCCGAGGGACACGUUCCUUCUGUCCAAGGAGGGGGUAGCCGAUCCCCCCCUGGGUCUGAGAUCAAAGCACCGAGCUCAGCAGUUCCAGGCAGAGUUCUCCAUGAGCCCUGUGACCUCAGCCCACGGGGGCACCUACAGGUGCUACAGCUCACACAGCACAUCCCCCUUCCUGCUGUCACUCCCCAGUAAUCCCCUGGAGCUCCUGGUCUCAGGUGAGGGCCCUGACCCUGUUGCUGAGCUGUCACCUCGGGGUCCUGUCUCUGGAGAUUCUCAGACAGCAAGAAACUACACCAUGGGGAAUUCCAUCCGGAUGGGCGUGGCCGGCUUGGUCCUGGUGGUGCUUGGGAUGCUGCUAUUUGAGGCUCAAAACAGCCUGAAAAGGACCCGCAAUGCAGCCAAGACGUGAACACAGAGGGAACAGUGAACUAUUCAGAGAUAGGGGGCCUUGGAGCCCAUCUCAUGAUCCCAGGAGGUGCUGAAGGAAAGUCGGGACCAUAGUUGGGGAAACUGUCUUCUGGGAAUGUCCAGGGGAAUAAACAUGAUUUGGGUGAAGGAAAUAUCUGUGUGUUCCCUGGACUCUUCCUCCGUUUAAUGUCUAUUUUCUCUCCCUGUCUUGGUUAACUUUCUGUGAUGACCCCCCCUUCUUUUCUCAACCCUUAACUUGAGGGUCCAUCCCACAUGGCUGGUGUGAGUCCCCACAUCUAACACCUCAUCCCCCCCCCCUCCACGUUCAUGUAAUAAA